AUGUCCAGUUCUGCCCUGAAAACUUGUGUUACCUUAGAAAAGUCAGGAGACACCUGGGAAAAUUAACUGGCAUUUACUGAAGGCUGCUACGUUCGUUCCUUUUCCACGGUAUAUUCCAACACACACACACACAGCUAUAACCAAUGA